AUGUCGAUCCCAAAUCGAGGUCCGGAACUCCUUGGAGUGAACAUUGCCUUUGUGGCAACUGCUGUCCUGGCCUACAUGUUGAGGGUCUUCGUCCGGGUGAAGAUGGUGAAGGCUUUUGGUUUUGACGAUUGGUUGAUGGGAAUGGCCAUGCUGUUCAUGCUCUUCUAUGUAAUAUCAUCUAAUAUCGGGAUACAAUACGGCACCGGGCGUCACCACCGCGACCUGUCCAAGAAAGACAUCGAGAGGGCCAGACAUUGCUGGUGGUUCUGCUAUAUCUUCUACAGCUGGGCCAUGAUCUUCGCGAAGCUUUCCAUUGGAUAUCUGCUCCUCAGGAUCAGUAUCAAGCGUAUACACACCUGGAUCCUGUAUCUCGCCAUGCUGACUUCGAUCGUGGCCGGCGGUGCAUUCUUCUUCGUUGUCGUCUUCCAAUGCUGGCCGGUGUACAGGUUCUGGGUCGAUCACGACUUAGCCGUGUGCGUCAGUAACGACUUGAUCGUUGGCCUGGCCUACACCUACAGUACCUUCAGCAUCAUCUCAGACUUCACUUUCGCCAUUAUUCCUGGAUUCCUCGUAUGGGACCUGCAGCUAAAGCGGAGAGCAAAGGUUGCUCUGGUCCCACUUAUUACCAUGGGCUGUAUCGCAAGUGCUGCUGUCAUUGCUCGCCUUCCCUUUGUCCGCUUCUUCAAUUCGCCCGACUUUCUCUGGGCUACCACCGAUAUCGCUAUUUGGUCGACCGUUGAGCAAGGACUAGCUAUCACUGCAGGUAGCCUUGCCACCUUGCGACCACUAUUUUUCCUCGCCAUGCACCGCUUGGGACUCUCAACUCAACGACCUUCCUACGGCGGAAAGUCUAAUCCGAUCAAUGCGAUGGGUGGUGCUUCGAGCAACCAGAAACAAGACAGUCUACGUCCCGACGUUUACAAGUUAUCUACAGUGGUGGAAACGCGGAAAUCCAAUGACUCUGGUCACAAGAAUAACGACAAAUAUUGGUAUGACGGCGCUCUGCCCCAGGUCCCACCCAAGGAAUCUAAGAAGCUUUCUAAGAAGCAUCAAAGCGACAACGAGAGUCAGAGGAGCCUGAAGAUGAAGAGCUCUUCUGCGAGUAGUGAUGACGAGGACCCAAUGCAAAUCAUGGUAUCCAAGUCAUUCUACAUUACAGACGAAGAACGAUCCUUGGCGUCGCGUGAGACACCUUAUCGAUGA